AUUCCCUACAAUGCGAACACCAUCUACAUACUGUGGUACCAUUAUCUCAGGCGAAGCUCCAGAAUCUGAUGAUGAUUUAACGAGUUUAAGUAGCGUUAGUGGAGCGGUAGAUGCCAUGGCAUGUCCUCCUUACAUGGAUCUUAAAAUACCAAAAUCUAAAAAAAGUUCUAUCAAGUAUAAUAGUCUGCUUCACAAAAAAUUAUACGAAUGCAAUGAAACCUUGGAUAAAGACAUUCUGCAAAUGACCGAGGGCGCGAUCACAACCAGCGUACAAGAAUUGUCAGCUGUUAAUCGACAAUUGCUGAGAAGUGAAUUGGUGUUACAAGAGGCUGUGUGUCAAUUGCGCAAUGCAUCCGGUCGGGUGAAGGAUGCCUCCGACACUCUACAUCAACUCAUAGACGACAACUUCUUGCAUUCCGUUAAAAUUUAACUUUUGCUAAACUUAUUAAGUGCGUUUCUAUUCUUAAGAUAUACAUGUAGCAAUGAAUAACAGGUAUGUACUUAGUAUAUAAUGCCAUAUUCAUGUCCUUCAUGGUACCGCACAUUAGAUGCCGGUGUUAAAAAAAAAAAUACGCUUUCCUCUUUGAGAUCUGGAACAUUGUUGAGCAUUAAUCAAUCUUUCCUUUAUAACUGGCAGUACUAUUUAAUGUGUCCUUUUUAUACUUUCCAACGCGUUAUCUCAUUUCGAGAAUAGUAUCAAUCACAUCAAUUCAUUAUAAACUAAUACCUUAAGAUCGAUCUGUGGAACAAAACGUAUUGCGCCUGAUAUUUAACAAUACAUUUGAUCAUACAGCGAAAUAGCAAGUAGUUUGAUACUGGCUAUUAUCUCGCCUAUCAUUUCGUAAAUUUCAAUCGGAGUGGUGACACGAAUUCUAAUACAAAUAUGUAUAAUGCGAUAUAGUGCGCAAGAGACUGGUGAUAAUUAUAUUACGAUAUAUGUAUAUGUAAUAUGUGUAUAUUAAAGAACGUCACGAUAUUGAUAUAGGAGCAUUUCUGCGGAGAGUAGACAUACACUUUGCGUUUUGUGUUACAGUUUUAAAAAAAUUGAUAGUAAAUGUAUAUAAUAUACUUUGAUUUCGUGACUUCCAAAGAAUACAUAAAUGUAAAUAUGGCAUUGCUUAUUUGGAUUAUUGAUUAUGUAAUCACAAAAUUAUAGAGUAAUAUUUAGUACCUAGUGUGUAUGCAUAGUCUUGUCAGAAACACUUAUGUUCUUUCUUUGCUGCAGAUUACCACGUGUUCUUUUUCUUUUUUUUUUUUUAUCAAAUAGCACAAUUUUGCUUGGUAUCAAAGGACUGAUAUCGACUUUUGUCGCUAUUAUGUCGUUAAUGUUAGUGUACAAUGAAUUGGUGAUAUCAAUGGUGGUGGUUUUCGUUUUCCCUAUAAAUUCAGUCUUUAAAUAUUUCAUCGAUCUUCGUUGAACCAAAUCUCGGUAUGACGUAUCUAAGUACAAAAAUUCCAUAAACAAAACCCGUUUCGCUAAGACUUGAUAUGGCAAUAUCGCGACGGGAAUAUCCACUCUGGAAUGUGUUACUUUCGCGCGGGUUGAUUUUCUUUCUUAUGUAUUAUUCAAAUUAGCAGGUUAAAUUGCGCGUGUAUAUCUGCCAGUACAGCAAGAUAAUCUCUCUUGUAUGUUGUAUUAAAGCAAUUCCAUACGCUUACUAAGGAUAAGUAAAGUAUUGCCAAAGCAUAGUUGUGCCACUGAAUCUCGUAUGUAUAUAGAUUAAAAAAAU